AUGACAAUGGCUUACGAUCUGGAAACUCCAUCAGAUCUUUCCAUGCUCCCUUCUGGAGAUUUCAUUGAUUUGAUCUCGCGGGAUGCUGAGAACAUUCCUUCCCCAUUAUCUUUUGGCCAUAAAUUCAUGACUGGUGGCGCCGGUGAAGGAGAGCAAAAACUGACUGAAUCUGAUGAGUAUCAACAACGCCAAGAAGUUAAAUCGGAUAAUGUCUUGCCUGCAUACUGCGAACCCCCAAAUCCAUGUCCCAUUGGUUACAGUGGUGCCGAUGGAUGUUUGGAAGAAUUCGAAAAUAGCGCUGAUUUCUCUCGCAACUAUCAAGCUCAACAACACUGCAUCUGUGAUCAAGAACACAUGUUCAAUUGCGCCGAAAAGGAAGCUAAUGAUGUUGGACAAACUUUACAAGAUCUUCUUGAUGAGAACGGUCUUCACAGAAAUAUGAUUGCCAAGAAAUUCCACGAGAAGCGCAGUUCGGAUGAGUUGGUACCACGCAAAAAACGUUCCAUCGAUCAUCAUCAGAUGCCAAAUCCAUACCUUCAAGGGGAACCUCUGAAAACAGUUCAGAAGAAAAGUGGACGAAACACUUGGUGA